AUGAACGAAAAUAAUUUAAGUUAUACUGAAUUGAGAAAUUUAUCAAAAGAAAUUGAUUAUGAAAAACAGAAUGCUAAAUUAAUUGUAUUUGAAUUGAUUGAUUUACUUAAUGAUGAAAGAUCAUAUCGAGAUAUUGGAAUUAUUACUGAAAUAACUAAAACUAUACAUUUAUUAAUAAAACAAGGUGGUUCUCGAAGAAAAGAAAUUCUUGCUCAUCCAAAUUUGAUAACAUCUUUAAUAAAAUUAUUCAACACCGACAAUGAUCUAACACGUUUAUUAUCUAGUUUAUUUCAUGAUCUUUCAACUGAAGAAGAUGGAAUCCGAUUAUUACUUCUUACUGGUGUUAUACCAAUUCUUCUUCAAACACUUGAAUCGUUAAAUGAUGAUGUCAUCAAUUUUGUGCUUACAACACUUCGUAAUUGUCUAAUUGGUUUAAAUAAUGAAUCAGCGAAAGAAAUUCAAAUACAUAAUGGUUGUAUCAUUCUUAUAUCAUUACUUAUUCAUCGACAUUCAAAUAAACAAAUGAAUUUUCUUGCUGAUUGUUUAUUACGUUUAGCAAUGUUUAAUACAAAUGCACAAAUUUAUUUACAAACAAGUAAAUUAUUUUUACAAGAAUUAGUUACUAUACUUGAUGAAACAAAUUAUAAUAAAUUAUCAUUUACAUUAAUACGAAUGCUUCCAUUAUUAUCAUCAAAUAUAAAUACAAAAUCAAUAUUAAUACAAUUUAAUAUAAUUCCAAUACUUGAACGUAUAUUACAUAUGAAACAUGAUUAUAAAAUUCAACGUUAUUGUCUUUUAACAUUAAGAAAUUUAUCAGAUCAAAUUAUUCAUAUGGAUAAUUUUGAUUCAUUAAUUGUUACACUUAUACAAAUACUUUCAUCGAAUAAUGAUAUACAUAUAAAAAUUUAUAUUGUUGAUAUUUUAUCUAAUUUAUCAUGUGAAAAUCAAUCAAAUAAAUCUUUAAUGAUAAGAAAUAAUGUUAUUCAAUUACUUGUUAAUAUUAUUAUUCAAACUGAUCAACGAGAUGAUAUUAUUGAACCAACAAUAUGUACUCUUCGACAUCUAACUGGUAAAUGUCCAUUAGCAAAUCAAGCACGUGAAUAUAUUCGAAUAAAUCAUGCAAUACCAUAUCUUAUAAAAUAUCUUCAUACAAAAGAGAAUAAUUGGUCUUUACUUAAAGCAUGUAUUGGUCUUAUACGUAAUUUAGCUUUAUCGUCGAAUAAUUUAAUAAUAUUAUGUGAACAUCGAAGUGUAUAUAAAAUAGGAAAAUUAUUUUUUCAAAUGCGAACAAUAUCUGAGCGUAAUGAACUAUUUAUAACAACAUUAUUUGUUUUUUCUCGACAACAAAAUGAAAAACUUCAAAUGAUUAUUUAUGAUCAAAUUAUUUAUUCAGGUUGUAUUGAAACACUUGUUCAAUUUGCAUUGUCGAAUAAUCUUGGUCGAAUUCAUCAAAUGUCUAAAGCAAUUUUAGAUGAUUUACGUCAUAGCAAUCAAAUCGAACAUCGAGAAAUAAUCAACGAAGCAGAAAAAUCGAUUAAAAUUGCACAAUUUUUACAAUCUUAA